AUGUACGUGGGCGAAGGCGAGAAGAACGUGAAAGCGAUCUUCACGCUCGCCAAGAAGCUCAGCCCCUGCGUUGUCUUUAUCGACGAAGCAGAUGCCAUCUUCUGCUCACGCACCGGAGCCAGCAGCCGCACCUCCCACCGCGAACUUAUUAACCAGUUUUUGCGCGAGUGGGACGGCAUGAACGACCUCUCGGCAUUCAUAAUGGUCGCCACAAACCGACCCUUCGAUCUGGACGACGCUGUUCUCCGCCGUCUUCCCCGUCGUCUCCUGGUCGAUCUACCAACCGAGCAAGACCGUGAAGCAGUCUUGAAAAUCCACCUGAAAGAAGAACAGCUCGAGCCCUCCGUCGACCUUGCUGAACUUGCCCGACGCACGCCACUGUAUUCUGGUUCCGAUUUGAAGAAUCUGUCGGUGGCGGCUGCACUGGCUUGUGUUCGCGAGGAGAAUGACGCAGCGGCUAAGCACACUGGUGACGAGCCAUAUGCCUACCCGGAGCGCCGCAUUCUGACUCGCGCGCAUUUCGAGCGUGGAAUGGAAGAAAUCAGCGCUUCGAUUAGUGAGGAUAUGUCUUCGCUAUCGGCGAUUCGGAAGUUCGACGAGCAGUACGGUGAUCGGAAGGGUCGUCGCCAGAAGAGCCCUGGAUGGGGAUUCAUUCCUGGUGCUAGCGGUGAUGCUUCAGCUGAUUCGGCGCGUGUUCGGACGUGA